AAUUCGAAAACCCCCGCCGCCUCCGCGAUCGCUCAACUCUUCCGCUGUCCCCACCAACGCAUAUGUCGGCCGGGGCUCCGCCCUCCGGCCUCCACUUCCCCAUGGACGAUCCCGAUCUCGACGACGCCGAGCUCUGGGCCGUGAUCGACACCGCUGCCGCCUCACGAUCCCGGAAUCCCCUCGUCCCCCUCAAGAACCCCAACCCCCUCGCCUUUAGCCCGUCUCCGAUGGGAUCGAAGUCGUUCAGAAACCCUAGGCAACUGCGCGUGACAGGCGAGGUGGCUAGGGUUCCGGCGGACGGGGAGGUGGUGCAGGAGGAGCACUGGGACCAUCUCCGGCCCCGCAAGAUGGCGAGGUUCGUGGAAUCUGGGACGGUGGUAGACGAGCGCCGGAUGGUCGUCGUCAGGCAUCCGCAGCGGCCGCCGGUGGUGGCAGUCCCGUCACCGUCUUAUCGGUCGCCGGAUCAGGCAAGGUUCGUGGCGAAGUCGGGGAGUCCGGUGGUGGAGAGCCCACCUCCUGAGGGAUGGAAGAGUGAGGAAAAGGAGAACAUGAGCCACAGCUUGGGUGGCCGGUUCCCUUCGGUGUCUUCGUUUAAGCACUACCAGAACACAGCAAUGGCGAUUUUAGAAAAAUCCGACUACACCAUGAUACACGGGAAUCCUUUUAUUAAGAAGUCAGGAUGGAGAAAGAUUUCAUUUUUCUUCAAUCUCUCAUUUGAAAUUAGAGACAAGUCCAUUGAGUUUGAUGAGAACAGGAAUGUUCAGCGUGCUGAAUUUGUUGUUCGUGCAUAUAUGCAAUGCGGCAGGUUCGCAGAUGGCUGGGGUUCAUGUGACCGGCGUGAGAAGAAGUUUUUGAAACCAAACCAUGACAUUCCUAGUACAGCUGAAACUCGAGCUAAAAAUAAAGCUUGCCAAGAUCUUCUUGGAAUUGGAGAGUACCGACCAGGUGUUGUCAAUGGUCUUCACUAAGUAAAACAGUCGUUAUAAGAUGUAACUCAAUAUUGCAUUCUUACAAGUUCUAUCAAAUCAUAAUGAUCUGGAUGACACGAAGCUGCUAAUCAAUUUGUUUGGAGAGGGAAGAGGGCGACUGUAAAGAAGAAGUGAUAUCCUUUUGUAAUGGAAAGUACUUACGGAAAAAGCUGAGAUAUGGUCAGCUAGCUUGCUGAUAAACAUCUCCAGGAAUCAUUCAUGUGUUGCUGGAAGGAACAUGUAACUGACAAUGAUAAAUGGUAAGAAUUGAGCUAUAUAUUCUUCUUUUUGAUCCAAGGGUGCAGAGCACUACUGCCUGGCCAUUAUCACUUGCCCGUCUGCUUGGAUUCUUAAAAGAAGGGGCAAUUCUCAUUUAUUCCAUGCCUCACUCUUCCUUUAUUUACCUCAGAUGGUUUCUCGCAAAAAUAAUGAUGAGCAUGUUCAUUUUUGGAUAAUGACAGAUCAAAAUUCAUUAUGUAAUUUUAUCUGUGUCCUGAGGCUCAUGAUUGCCAGUGACAGUUGCUUCCUGAUACCGAAACUGCAGCAAUGUGAUGAAAUGAUAAGAACUUCUGCCUGGCCAUUAUCAUCUUUCUUUUUUAAGUCAGACAGUUGCUUCCUGAUACAGAAACUGCAGCAAUGUGAUGAAAUGAUAAGAACUUCUGACUUCUUUGUCCAAGAUAUAACAGCAGUUGGAACAGUGGAAAGCACUGUUCCAGAGUUCCAUUCAUGAUCGC